UGCUUGGUCCUGAACUGUGUGUGGAGAGAGGGAGGGAGAGAGACGGAGAGAGGGGGACGAGUGAGCAGGGAACAGCAGCAGGGCUGGAGGCUUCAGCCAUGUCAGUUUUCUCUACAACGCUAGACAGACGAUGAGAAGAGAGGAACCAUGGCCUUGUCACUGAGUGCAGAUGAAGAGGAUUAUGAUUCMGAAUCUGAACAGCAACAGGAAGCCAACCGGCCAAAGCCCAAGAUGGGGACUUCAGCAGCGGUCAAGCUGCCGUCCAAUCGCAGUGCGUCUGGUGCCAGACGCAGGAGAACACGCUGCCGAAAGUGUGAGGCGUGCCUCCGAACUGAGUGUGGAGAAUGUCACUUCUGUAAAGACAUGAAGAAGUUUGGAGGACCUGGGCGCAUGAAGCAGUCCUGUAUCAUGAGGCAGUGCAUUGCACCUGUCCUGCCCCACACAGCUGUGUGUGUGGUGUGCGGAGAAGCAGGGAAGGAGGACACAUUGGAGGAGGAGGACAAGUUCAACGUCAUGCUCAUGGAGUGCUCCAUCUGCAAUGAGAUUGUCCACCCCAACUGCUUAAAGGUAAAGGAUGCUUCUGGCGUGGUGAACGAUGAACUUCCUAACUGUUGGGAAUGUCCCAAAUGCAACUACGCUGGGAAAACCGGAAAAGUCUGCAAGCAAAAAAGGGGACCAGGGUUCAAGUAUGCGUCUAACCUCCCUGGCUCCCUGCUGAAGGAGCAGAAGGCAGUCAAGGAGGAGGGUGAGGCCACAUCUACGUCUACAGCCAAGAGGAAGACUGAGGGGGGUGAUAUCUCAAGACACAGACCUGAGGAAUGGGAGCCCCUCCACAGACACCCCCCUGUCCUGACCCCCAGCACCCUGCCUCGGCCCAGACCUGCGGACAAACUGAGGAAGAAGAGGAAGCUCUUCGACGAUGACGAGGAAGAGGACUUCAGUGUGAGGAAGAAGGGAAAGGCAGAUGAACCUCUGUUCCCCAAACUCCUUCAUCAGAUCAAGACUGAGGAGGAAGACCAGGAGGAGGAAGUGGAUGAGGAGGAGACGGACUCUCUGUUCUGGCGAGGCCUGGAGAGGAGAGAUCGUUUAGGAGAUACCGAGGACUGGGCAGAGGACGGGGAUGGCAAAGACACAAAGACAAACUUUCCAAGGCCUCCUCUCAAAACUUCUGUUCUAGACAGUGACCAGUCUCACUGCAGCUCUCCACAGGCUGGCCCCAGCAGCGAGGGUGGCAGUGAACCCCAGGAGAAGGGCCCACGCCCCAAAGCGCGCCGCAAACGCCGUUUGCCCAACAAGGAGCUGAGCAAAGCACUGAACCAGGAGAUCCAAAAGAGUGAGGACUGCCUAGCCAAUGAGAACCGCCAGCCCCUCAAGGUGGAGCCAGAGAGUGAGAAUGAGGAGCCCAAGAGGGGCUUCUGCAUCGGCAGUGACCUGGGAGGGGAGCGCCCCCACCUCCGGACCAAGGAAAUGAACGGCACCCCCUGGGAGCUGCGCCACUUCUACCCCAGCCAGAUCACCCCUCUGGGCUUCAACAGGAGCUCCCCUGGCACCCGGCCCCUGCCCCCACGCUCCCCACCCAAGUGUGUCCAAAUGGAGCGCCACGUAAUCCGGCCACCCCCCAUCAGCCCCCCGCCGGACAGACUGCCCCUGGUGGACGGGAAGACCCAUGCGGUGCAGCGAGAGGUCUGGAUGAAGCUCUUUGGGCACUUCACACACAAGGAGCUGUGUGUCUGCAUGCGUGUCUGCAAGACAUGGAAUAGAUGGUGCUGUGAUAAAAGACUGUGGACCAACAUCGAUCUGAACCGCUGUAAAUCUAUCACUCCCCUCAUGCUGAGUGGCAUCAUCCGCAGACAGCCCCUCUCACUGGACCUCAGCUGGACCAACAUCUCCAAGAAGCAGCUGAGCUGGCUAAUAAACCGUUUACCAGGUCUGCGGGUGUUGCUGCUCUCAGGGUGCUCGUGGGUGGCUGUGUCUGCCCUCUGCACCUCUAGCUGCCCUCUGCUGCGCACCCUGGAUGUGCAGUGGGUGGAAGGGCUCAAAGAUGCCCAGAUGAGGGACCUGCUCUCGCCCCCGACCGAUAAUAGACCAGGUCAGUUGGACAACCGCUGUAAACUGAGGAACAUCCUGGACUUGCGUUUGGCUGGACUGGACAUCACAGACGCCUCUCUGCGUCUGAUUAUCAGACAUAUGCCGGUACUUUCACAACUGGACCUGAGCUACUGCAACCACAUCAACGACCAUUCAGUCAACCUGCUGACGGCCGCAGGGACCACAACCAGAGACUCCCUCACAGAGAUCAACCUGUCAGUUUGUAAUAGGGUGACAGACCAUUCCCUUACCUUCUUCAAGCGCUGUGGAAGCAUCUGUCACAUUGACCUGCGCUAUUGCAAACAGGUGACCAAGACGGCUUGUGAACAGUUCAUAGCAGAGAUGUCCGUGAGUGUACAGUUUGGACUCAAAGAGGACAAAUUGCUGCAGAAACUCAGCUAGACACUGACAUUAAGGCCAAAAUGCGCACAGCAAAAAAUAACUACCCUUUGCACUUAAUGGAGCAAGACAAGGUUUCCCCCAUCAAGCCUGCACUGGUUGGUUUUGUAUGUUCAUUUCUUCUUCAUUGGAGAAUCUACUGUGUUAGAUUUGUGAACGAACAAUGUCACAUGAGUUGAUGAGAGAAGCAGAAGUGUGUAAAUUAACGAGGGGGAUGGUCAAAAUGUUUGCAUCAAUGUCUUUCUGGAUGUURCAAACCCAUCCUUGUACUGAAAGGUAAAGAUGUACUGGGCAGAGGGAGAUGGGGAGGGAAAACAAAGCAUGCAUUAGUUUAUUUUUGUGUUAAUAAGAUUGUACCUUUUUCARAGGCUUGUGUUUGUUGCAUUUAAUUUGUUGGGGGAUUUGUUUUCUAUUACUCGUACAUGUUAAAUGUUUAAAACAUUUUUUUAUACAACAAUAAUUCACGCAUUGGGCUAACAUUUGAGGUUAUAGUGAAGCUUUAUGUAUGCAGUACCAUACACACCCCAGAUUUCAACUCUUAGAACUGAAUAUUGACCUACAGUACUUUAAAUCAGUUUGCCUUGACACCGAUGGUAAUAUGUAUUUUUGGAUGCUGUUUUUUUAGCUGAUAUCAUGUGCCAAAUUCUGAAGGUGACAUUACAGGUUAAUGGUAGUUACUGACUUGGACUGGAUUUAAUUUAAUACUUUACUUUAAAAAGUUAACAUAAGACUAUUAUUAUAAAAUAAUACAUGUUUUAAAUGUUUAAAUAAAUACAAAUUUAAAUAAAUAUUGCAAAGACGGUUAGGUUAAUGAAUAUAUCUUGAAAAUAAUCAGUCAAUAAAUAUUGACAUAAGGAAUGUUAGUCAAAUGUAUUUUUUCAAUCUCUCAGUACCUUCUGCAUUUACCUUUUUCGUACAUAUGUCAAUCUCAUUGUGUUUCACAUGUUUUAGCACUCAAGAGCCCAUCAUGUAAGAUUCUGUCAAGUAAUUGAAUCAUCUGCUUUAAUGGGCCAAUCCACAUUUAAAACAAUAAUAAAGCAUUACCCCGCCUCUGUUUUGGUAAAAAGCUGAGGGCUGGGCCUGGAGAAAUGUAA